UUAUAAAAUUUUCAACGUUUCCCGUACUUUGAUCUUAUUCAUUAUCUGCGACUUGUGCUAUUACCGAUAUUUACGUACAUUAAAAAGACCAAAUACAAUGAGUUUGCAGUGGACACUAAUUGCAGGCUUUCUUUAUGCUGAAGUUUUUAUUGUAUUAUUGUUGGUAUUUCCAAUAUUAUCACCAACCAAAUGGCAAAGAAUUUUUAAAUCUAGGUUUCUACAAAGUUUAUCAGAUAAAGCUUCAAUAUUUUUUGUAAUUCUAAUUGCUAUAUUAGUUUUAUUCUUAUUGGAUGCUAUGAGAGAAAUUCGAAAAUAUUCUAUGGUUGGUCAAUUAGUAGUAGAACAUGCCCAUUUAGAUGCUGAAAUACAAGGUCAGAUGAAAUUAUUCAGAGCCCAAAGAAACUUUUUUAUAUCAGGUUUUACAUUGUUCUUAAGUCUUGUUAUACGACGUCUUGUGAUUUUAAUUUCUGCCCAAGCUACAUUAUUGGCACAGAGUGAAGCAGCAAUGCGACAAGCACAAUCUGCAACAACAACAGCCAAAACUUUAUUGUCUCAAAAGACAACUGAAGAAUCUGCACAAAAUGAUUCAAAUGAAGCAUACAAUAAAACUGUAUCCGAAUUGAGACAAGAACUUCAGGAACUAGAAUCCGACAAUCGAGAAUUGGAAAACGAAAUUGUCAAAGAAAAAAAAGAUAAAGAAGCUCUAAAGUCACAAGCUGAAUCUCUUGCUAAAGAGUAUGAGCGUUUAUGCGAUGAACAUGCCAAAUGUUCUUUAUCUAGUGGUGAUAAAAAAAGUGAUUAA